UAUCGUUGGUUUCCCACCUCUACUUUGCAUCAGAUACAAAUACAAUUUUACAAAAAAAAAAACCUGAAAUUGUGGGAAAAUGCGUUGCGUGUUUGUACUUAAAGUCGGCCUCAGAUCCUAAAAAUUUGCUCCUUAGGCGCCCUGGAACCGAAACAUACGUUUGAUUUGUUUAACAUUUUUGCUGCUGCUGGUGCUGAGAAGGACGCGCUCUGACGCCGGGCAACAAUAACAAUAUGGCUUCCGCUUCAGAAACUGAAAAAAGUUUGGUGGUAAACAUUGGCAAUUUUGAAAAAAUUCAAAACUUUCUCAAUGACAAGGAGAAGUACAAAGAGGUUCUGGAGAACAGCGAAAACUUUAAUACGAGGCUUUGUAUUGAAAGGCGACUGCGUAUGCCAUUUCUGGAUCCGCAGACUGGAGUCGCCCAGACCCACUGUGCGCUCUUCAUGAAGCAAAAGCAGCGAAUGCCCGGAUUCCGACAUGGACAAAUCUACACUUAUCCCUCAUCGAGAUGGCGAAAGCCAAAGCGCCAAUACUUACUAAACCCCAAUCAUGGAUACCGUGCCUAUCAGUAUCGGGAUCACACCCAUUCCCAUUCGCAUCAGCAUCUAAAUCAACACCAGCAUCACCAUGUGCACCAUGUCCCCACAUCGAGUACGGCUAGUGCACGUGACCAUCAUCCUCAGACGGAGAGUGCAGUAAUUGCUGCCACUGAUGGCAACUCGAUGGGCGCUUCGGGGGACAAUGAUAGCAAGGACUCGCAUGCCAAUGCCGAGAAGGAGUGGUUCCACGAAGACUUGGAGUCAUCGCACUAUCAUCAUGGCGAUGACUAUGAGGAUGAUUUUGAUUCGGACAACGAUUUCGACGAGUCCUACAGCAGUAGGGGUAAACGGAAACGGGGCUCACGACCACGACGUUCCAACGCCAAUGUGGAGGGUACACCCAAACGUGGACGGAAAGGAGGUGGCAAUCGUCGCCGAAACGCUGGCAACGAUGGCGAUUCGGAUCGGAGACGUCGCACUGGUGCAAGCGGAAGCAAUAACAGUGCAAACACGUCAGCAGCUGCGGCGGCAGCUGCUGCUGCAGUUGCUCAUGCUGCUAGUACCGCGGCAGCUGCGGCUGCAGCCACAACAGGGCUAUAUAAUACGCACUCGAACUCAGCAUCUCCGAUUCCCACAAACGAUGAGACUUCCCAAUCGGCCAUUGUUAUGCCGGCUAACGUGGCAUCGUCAUCUUACGAUAAAACUUCAAGCGAUGCCGGUGCUUCCAAUGACUCCAUACCAUUAGCAACGAUGGCUAACAUGGGCAUGAUGGCGACCGCCGCCGCUGCCACCCCAGCGAUGUAUGCAGCCGCUGUGAAUGCACCAGCUACGACCUCAAUAGGCAGCCCCAAGAAGCAAGCAGCGCUUAAGCUGCGGACCGAACGGGAAGUGGCGCAACCUUCACCCUACUGCGAUUUCUGUUUAGGCGAUCAGCGAGAGAACAAGAAAACCAAUAUGCCAGAGGAGCUUGUCUCCUGCUCCGACUGUGGCCGCUCUGGCCAUCCGUCGUGCCUGCAGUUUACACCAAACAUGAUAAUCUCGGUGAAGCGGUAUCGUUGGCAGUGCAUAGAGUGCAAGUAUUGCUCGAUAUGUGGCACCUCCGAUAACGACGAUCAACUUUUGUUCUGUGACGAUUGCGAUCGCGGUUAUCAUAUGUACUGUCUGUCGCCCCCACUGGUCACUCCACCGGAGGGUUCCUGGAGCUGUAAACUGUGCAUGGAGGAGUUUCAUAAGCACAAGUGAAGCGCUUAUUCCGUAAAGCGAAUGCAAAAUGCAUGUGUAGUUAGUCGUACCCCUGACACUCAUCCAGUCGCUAUAGUUUUCCAAAAUGAUUUUAAUUUAGUUGUUAGGAGGUUUUUUGCAAGUUCUUAACUUACGUACAGAAUUUUAAUUUUCUAUACAAGUAUAAUUGUAAUUGUAAUUACGCUUAAGUGAAGUCCCAAGUAUUUUUGUAAGUAUUCUCCGCAGCUUAAAAGAUAGAUUUAUGUAUGUACGUACUUGCGAAGCGAAUGUCCAUGUUUUGUGUUUAGUCAGUCUUGUCUCCUAGCCAGUAAGCAAAUGCAAUCCAUAUUAAGCUAUAAAUUCUUUAUACCCAAAAUGUAUGCAUGUUUACGAGAGAUACCAUAAGAAAUUGCAUAAUAAUACCUUAAUGCCAAUAAAUAUUGCAAUUGUUCUGGCAUAAUUCCGUAA